GUCGCCAUGGAGCCAAAACUUGAGCUCCGUAUUUAAAACUGACAUUUGUUCAUGUUUAUGGUAACUCAGCACCAUAACAAUGAUGCCGAAUUGGCUACUGGUACUUCCUGUUUGAGGUGACGUCAUUAAGGUGCAGAUGGUUUCCACCGCGUCACUGUGAUCCUGAGGACAAGUUAGAAACACGAUGUUUCUCAGGGAGGUUCUGCAGUGUGUCAUCCGUGGAGCUGUCUGCGGGCUUACACGGCAUGGACAUCAGAGAUAAUGACGUCAUCACACAGUCUGCUCGAGUCAUUGUUGGAGCCACUUCUGCCCCAAAGUGUCAGCGAAGUCGUGGGAAAUUAAAAUAAUGACACAUGAGAGGUGUCGGCGAUCUGCAGGAUAAAAGACAAGGAGCAGCAGAGGCGGCUCGGCACACCAGCUGAUCCUCGAACAGGCCACACUCCCUCUUCAGCAUCAUCAUCAUCACCAUGAAGGUGCUCAGCGUGUCUCUGACGCUCAGCACCUUUCUGACCCUGAGCCGAGCCGUCCCGCUCAGCACCAACACCAGCCUCUCCGGCAGGCACUCGGGUCUCUGCGAUUACGCGAGGCAGGAGGGCAUCAACAUCAUGGGAGCGUUCAUCCCACAGUGCGAUGCUCAUGGGAACUUCCUCCCGCAGCAGUGCUCCGACUCCACCGGGAACUGCUGGUGCGUCAACAUCAUCACCGGAGAGGAGAUACCGAACACGAGGACGCCGCUGGGGGCCGUACCCGUUAACUGUGAUCGGGAGUUCUACUGCCCGUACGGCUGGUCCCGCUUCGGAAAGCAGUGUUUCGUCUUCAUCGACAGCCCGAAGACGUGGGCUGAAGCCGAGGGCUACUGUCUGUUUGAAGGGGCCAACCUGGCGUCAGUCCACAGCUACGAGGAGAGUCACUUCAUCCAGGCUCUGACCAGAGGAGACGGCCACGACUUCCCCCUCACCUGGAUCGGUGGCCACGAUGCCGUACAUCUCUCUUUUUGGAUGUGGAGCGACGGCACCAAGUUUCGUUACGAAUACUGGCACAGGGACUACAGCGUGGAGAGAGCUGAGCGCUGUCUGAAGAUGAAUUAUGGAUUUGACAGGAAGUGGUACUACGGCUCCUGCGAUGACUUUCUGCCCUUCGUUUGUGCCAAGAGGAUCUGAACUCGGACCUGACAUCCAAAAACCAGACUCGUCUGAUGAGGUCUGAGGCGACACGAGCCGGUCCAGCUGGAGUAACGUUUCCUCUCCAGAAUCAGCUGUGAUGGAUAAAUAUCAAACACACGAGCUUCUGCAGGUUCAUCUUGUUGGCACUGACGUGUCGACCCCCAGAUAUCUUUUAAUAUCAAUAAAACUAUGGAUAAUGAAAUAAUAGUGAAAGUUCAUGUCACAACUUAAGACGUGAAUCAUGAAUGUCUACAUGCACAUGAAACAUGUAAUUGCAUUAAAAGCACAAAACAUGAAAGCAGAAACACAAAUGAGUGCACAGAGCUGCUGUGGGGGAAAUGUUUUAAGUAUUUCCUCCUUCAGAUCUGUAGCAUGCGCCGUCAGAUUACAAAAAUACAGAUAUAUAUUUGUACUUGUUUGUAUGUUGUGUGUUCUUCUUUCCAUCAGAGAUGGAUUUAAAUUUGUUUUACAGGUUAAUGUUUAUUUCCUGCCUUUAAGGUUAAAGUCAGAGUUGUGAUGAGGCAGCUCGUGGCUUUGCUUUACGUAAAGAUAA